GAUGUUUACUUUUCCUUCAUACUGUCUGAAUAUAUGUAUCCCAUUGGUGCUGCUGAGGUUGGAACCAGAGACUUUGCCACUGAACUGCCCCAGCAGAAAUUUAUUGCUCACACUCUGGAGGCUGGAAGUUCAAGAUGAAGCUGCUGCCAUGGCGCAGACCCUGCAGAUGGAGAUUCCAAACUUUGGCAACAGCAUCCUUGAGUGCCUCAAUGAGCAGCGGCUGCAGGGACUAUACUGUGACGUGUCAGUGGUGGUUAAGGGCCACGCCUUCAAGGCCCACCGUGCUGUGCUGGCCGCCAGCAGCUCCUACUUCCGGGACCUAUUCAACAGUAGCCGCAGUGCUGUGGUAGAACUGCCAGCCGCUGUGCAGCCACAGUCAUUCCAGCAGAUCCUCACAUUUUGCUAUACAGGCCGGCUGAGCAUGAACAUGGGGGACCAGUUCCUGCUCAUCUACACAGCCGGCUUCCUGCAGAUUCAGGAGAUCAUGGAGAAGGGCACCGAGUUCUUCCUCAAAGUUAGCUCUCCAAGUUGCGACUCCCAGGGCCUGCACCCGGAGGAGGCCCCAUCUUCAGAGCCUCAGAGUCCUGUAGCGCAGACACUGGGCUGGCCAGCCUGUAGCACGCCACUGCCCCUUGUGUCACGAGUCAAGACAGAACAGGAGUUGGACUCUGUGCAGUGCACACCCAUGGCCAAGAGGCUGUGGGAUAGCAGCCAGAAGGAGGCUGGAAGCAGUGGUGGCAACAAUGGCAGCCGCAAGAUGGCCAAGUUCUCCACACCAGACCUAGCCCCUAACCGCAUGCCCCAGCCAGUCUCAGUGGCCACAGCUACAGCAGCAGUGGCUGUGGUUGCAGUGGGGGGAUGUGUGAGUGGACCCAGCAUGUCAGAGCGGACCAGCCCAGGUACCUCCAGUGCCUACACCAGUGACAGCCCUGGCUCCUACCACAAUGAGGAGGACGAAGAAGAAGAUGCAGGUGAAGAGGGUACAGAUGAGCAGUAUCGUCAGAUCUGCAAUAUGUACACCAUGUACAGUAUGUUGAACGUUGGUCAGACAGCUGAGAAGGUAGAGGCCCUCCCUGAGCAGGUGGUCCUCGAGUCUCGAAGUCGAAUCCGGGUGCGACAAGACCUGGCAUCUCUUCCAGCUGAGCUUAUCAACCAGAUUGGCAACCGCUGCCACCCAAAGCUCUAUGAUGAAGGUGACCCCUCCGAGAAGCUGGAGCUCGUGACAGGCACCAAUGUGUACAUCACAAGGGCACAGCUCAUGAACUGCCACGUCAGUGCAGGCACGAGGCACAAGGUCUUGUUGCGGCGGCUCCUGGCUUCUUUCUUUGACAGGAACACGCUGGCCAAUAGCUGUGGCACUGGCAUCCGCUCUUCCACCAAUGACCCUCGACGCAAGCCGCUGGACAGUCGCGUCCUCCAUGCUGUCAAGUACUACUGCCAGAACUUCGCCCCCAACUUCAAGGAGAGCGAGAUGAAUGCCAUUGCAGCUGACAUGUGCACCAAUGCCCGCCGAGUGGUACGUAAAAGCUGGCUGCCCAAGACCAAGCCGCUGCACCUGGUGGAGGGUGAUAGCUACAGCAGCUUCAUCAGCGACACUGGCAAGAUAGAGCCGGACAUGAUGAGCAUGGAACACAGCUUCGAGACAGCCAGCCACGAUGGCGAGGCCGGCCCUUCAGCUGAGGUUCUCCAGUAACAUACGUGUGACACCCCCCUUACAGGAUGUCACACUCCCCUUCCUAUCACACCCCCCCCACCUACCACCCGGUCACAAUCUACUGUCUGUCCCUCUCCAGGACCUGUGAGGGGUACUCCAUGCCCUCUGUCAGGAUGCAAGAGCUGGCAGACCAAAGCCAGGCACUGCACCCAGCAGAGGGUAGCACCUACAGCAGCUUUCUCAGAAACCCUGAGGAAAAGCUGAACAUGAUGGGCAUAGAAUACAGCUUCAGACAGACAGCCCCUCCUGUCACACACAUCCCUACCACCUUAGUCACGAGCUACUGUCUGUCCCUCCCCAGAAUCUGCAGGGGGUGCUGCAUGCUCCCAGCCUCUCUGCCUCCCUGUCAUCCCACACCUUUUCCCCAAAGCAAGCUGGGCUGGGUCAGGAGAGGACAGGCAUCAGGUGGGAUCUGUGACCUUCCUCAACACUCAUGGGGAGCCCUGGUUCCCCUUCCUCUUAGGCAUUUCCCAGCACCAGGCCCGGCUAGGGGAUGGGCAGAGCUCCAGAAGAGCCUGCCCCUCACUGUGGCUGCUUGGGACUCCAUGGGCCCAGGGGUUCUCAGGACCCCUCCCACCACCACCCCCAGUGCUUCCAUGUCUCCAAAAGCGCCUUCCUGUCCCUCUCGUCUGUCCCUGCACCUUGGGGCUGGGGUAGGUGAGGCCAAGAGGGACUGUCCACUUUACAGCUGAGGAAAUAAGCCCAAAAGGCUUAGAGAAAUUCUAAAACUGACCCUCUGUGGCAGCCUCCAUCAUACCCCUCUUAAUCCCUCCCUGCUCUGCCUCUGUGGGCCCCCUCAGCCCACGAGGCUGGUUCUAAGAGAGCAGUGCUCCUGUGGGCAGGCGAGAGUCUCAGGACAGGUUUCCAGUCUGGCAGAAUUUGUGGGUGUGCGUGCGUGUGUGCGUGCGUGCCUGUGUAGAGUGUUUGCUUUUAAAAACAUGAAGAUCAAGAGGCAGCAAGACCGGGGUCGGAACCAGGGAGCAGGCUGGGUGGCUGCUGCCCUUCUCCCAUCCGACCCUGGGCAGGGCUCCCAGCCCCCACCCCCUGUACAUAACUUUUUGAAACAUUUUUUUAGCGAAUGAAAUAUUGAAGUAUAAGAUUUCCUUUUAUUUUUCAAAUCAAUGGGAAUGUGUCUUGAGGUCCCCUGGGUCCCUGGGCUGUGGAAGGCAGGAUGCAGGGAAAACUGAAUGUGUGUGUGUGUGUGUGGAAUGUGGGUGCAUGUUUCCACAGGGGCCCAGUCCCAGUGCCCCAGGGCUCCUGUGGAUCCAACCAGCUUCCUCUCCCCCAGGACUACGGUUAAAGGGUGUUCACAGGUCCCCAGUUGGCUGAGCCCACUCCUGGGGGAUGAGGCAGGGCAGGGUCCACAUCCAUUGUUGGUGGUUUGUGGAGCUUUCUCUGGCCGUUCCUUUCCACUCUAACUCUCCAGGAGCAAGCUCUUGGGUUUCUGAGUUUAAUAUGUGAGCACAGGGUUUUUGUUACCCCCUCCAUUAAUGUCAUUUCACCAUCUCACUGGUUCUGUUCUAGCCCUGACCUCCCUCCCUCUUCCCAACUCUGCAUUCUAGCUGCCUCUUCAGAGGCAGGGGGUUGCAGGAUUGGAGAAGGUGGGAUGGAGCCUUUUGAGUCAGAUCUGGAGACCUGCCUCCAGGCCAGCAGCACCCUCUAAUCUGCCAGGGUCCCUCUUAACAUCUGAUGGUGAGGGUGGGGUGUUGGGUCUGACUUGGCCCCCAGUACCUUAGCCCUGGGUGGCCAAGUGGAGGGGAGUUGACACCCCUAGCUAAAGCACAAGCACCUUAGUCAUACCCCCUCCCUCCACCCUUGCCCUGGCCUGUUGUCCCACCUCCCCCAGCGAAGAUCCCAAAGCACAAUCUCCUGGUAACUUGGCAAGCAGCUGAGCCUGGCCAUGGUGAGGGCAGGCUGUGCUCCCUGCCCAGAAUUAGUAAGGGGGCAGCUCCAUGGGACUGAGAGGUCUUGUAGUAGAGUGGGCAGCAGAGCCCAUUGGUUCCAAGCACCUCAGGAGGUGGCCCUGACUCCCGGGGCUUGGGGUGGGGGAGGUAUAAAGCCAGGGGUGCAGGGGAGAAAACUACUCACUAGGAGAGCCAAAGACAGGGUUGUGCCUUACCUCAGGAGCCACCCCUGCGCCCCUCCUCUGGCGGUCAGCUGCUUGCCCUGCCCUCCUGAGAGCUGCAUGCUCCCCACCCCAAGUACCCAGGAGAGUGACAAAGUAACCCACCUAGCAGGAAAGACAACUAGGGGCAAACCCAGUGGCCACCCUCCCACCCAACCAUGCCUCUCAUGGGGACAGGCCAUCACCCACUGGCCCAUGUGAAGUGCCAAUGCCCUCCCCACCCAGAGCCAAGCCCCCACCCCUCCCAGGCCCACAAGUGAGAUUGCACAUUAACUACUGUACGGAGAGGAGCGGUGUUGGGAAAUGUGAACCCUGAGAGUCAGUGAUGCUGAUAAGAAUAAAGAAGACGCCUUUGUAACA